AUGAGUCGUGGAGGCCGUGGUGGCGGUCGCGGACGUGGCACGAACAAAUCCUUCAGCAGAGAACAACUAAGUUCAUUGGGAGUAGGAAACAAUGAAGUCUUACCAGGACCCGUCACUCAACCUCCACCUUUGUUUCCAGUCUUGGAUCAUAAACCAAUUGGUUUAAAUAUAACAAUAGAAACCAAAUACUUACUCAUGUUGAAACAAGAUUUUGUUGACCACAUUCAAUCAUCUCCAGCACACAUCAAACUAGCAGUAAAAGAUGAUUCUCAAGAAGUGCAAGCAGGAAUGGAGCCCAUCAACAAGAUGCUUUCCCAGCCAGUGGGAAAAAACUCAUUUGAUUGGGCCAUGUUUCCAUCCGAACUCCGGCCGAAAAUGAUUGCUAAAAAGUUUAAAAAACCAGUACCUCCAGCAUCCACAAAUAUCAAAACCGAAACAGAUAUUGUUGAUAGAUUAGAUAAACUGGAGCAUCUCGAGAAAACCACUCCAUUAAACACAACAGUCAAACAGGAAGUGGCUGACGAGGAAGACGAAAAUGAAAUGGUGCUUGAUGAAGAUGAAGAAGAUGAAGAAAUGGAUGAUGGCACAGACUAUGCCAACAACUAUUUCGAUAACGGCGAAGCCUAUGAGGACGAAGAUGACGCUCUGGAGGAUGGACCAAUCUACUAACACAAAACAUUCGUUGAUUUUAAUUGAUAUAUUGAAUUGCAAAGAAUUUCGUUAUCAAUAUGAACAUAAUAAAUCGUAUAUUACAUAGAAAAAA